AUGGCCAGCCGCCAGCUGAAGUUGGAGGCCGAGAAGUUGUCCAUCAUCCAGAAAUCAAUGUCAAACCGUGGCCGGUCCCGGUCGCCCUCGGGCAACAAUUCGCGCUCGUCAUCCGCGCUGAUGGACGACAUGAACAAAGAUACGAAGUGGUCCAUCACCAAUCAGGACCCGCUGAAGCGAUUGAAGGACCCCGACGCCGAACAUGACGAGGGGUCGAAGUUCUGGGACGAAGAGGUCAGCGAGGAAGAACAUAUCAGUGACGACGACGAGGGAGAGAAGUUUCAAUACAAUGCUGCGGGCAACAUUCUCCCCAACUAUGCAUGCCAUGACGAGAAGAUGACCGAGGUGUCAUCUAUCUUGGAGAACUCCAAUCUCAAUGACGACCAGACGAUUAAGAAGCUUGAAGAGCUCACGGCGACUGAACGUGCCGUGGCCAAUGCUCGCAACAUAGGCAGCCUGGUGGACAACGACAUUGUGGCCAAGUUAUCGGAGAAUAAGCAUGCUCUCACUGGUCAGGAUAAGCUCGAUCUCAAUAACUCUGACCAGGAUGCCGACGCCCGUCGCCAGAAACUCGAGACAUACCAGGCCUACCGCCGGAAAAUCAUUGACCAGGAGAACGAGACCUUGCGUAGCCACACCACCAGUGCCCAGAGAAAGGCCGCUGCAGAAGAGAGUGUCAACGUCGAUGGGACCCAGGAGGAGUUCAUGAUUCCGUACACCUCUGCUGUGGAGGACAAGUUGGACUCCGAAUUUGCAUGCAAGCUUAAUGAGACCAUCAAGGAAGGCGAGGUUGACUCUAACAUUUCUCAGUCGAGGGUAAUCCAGACCAUCACCAGAGGAAACUUUUUCCAGCUUAUCAAUCCGCUGAUGAAACCCAAGAUGUUCUUGCUCUGUAUGGACUUUAGUCCCGAAUCAAUCUUUGCUCUAGAAUGGUCCUUGGGUACCGUCUUGGUAGAUGGCUCAGUCCUCUUCAUCGUCUGUGUGAUUGAGGAAAACGAUAACAACCAUCACUUGAAAGGUAAUACCCUCAAUGAAAGCGCCCGAGAGUCGGCCAGACUUAAUAUGCUUAACCGGGCCAAGCAACAAGUUCUCAGCUUGUUGAAAUUGACCAAGUUGCAGAUCCAUAUUGUCAUUGAAAUCAUCCACCAUCCCAUCCCAAGACACUUGAUCUUGGAGUGCAUAGACAGCUUACAGCCAACUCUUGUUGUUGUAGGCUCGAAGGGUCUGAGUGCCAUUAAAGGUGUCUUGUUAGGCUCUUUGUCCAAUUACUUGGUGACUAAAUCGUCUGUGCCUGUGAUGGUGGUGAGGGAAAAAUUGAAGAAGAUAAACCGUUUCAAGUCUGGCUCGUCCAUUUUCUCGAACAACAUCAAGCCAUUAACAUUAUCGGAGGCCAGGGUGGAUUGA